AUUUCCCCAGCUUUUUUCCUUCUCGAAUCUCCCUCCAUCUCCCAUCUCCCUCUCCUCCUCCUCCAUCUCGCACCUCUACACCCUCUCCUCUUCUAUCCUUUUAUACAAACUUUUUGCACUUUUCUCCACUACGCACCUUUUGUAUAUCCUCCUUUACCUCAGAAAUCAUGCCCAACACAAUGGCUCUCACGCCUUACGGCUCAAAUGGAUCUACUGAUCUCACCAUGGCUGUUCUCGGUUGCGGCACCAUGGGCGUCGCUAUUCUCAGUGGCAUCUUGAACUCGCUCGCCGAUAUGCAAGGUCCUAAGCCCCUGCAGAUUCCCAGGUCAGGAGCCUCAACUCCCAUGGACGAGGUGCCUCAGCGUCUCCCCUCUCGCUUCAUCGCCAGCGUGGCCACUGCUGCCGGUGCCAAGCGUGUCAAGGGCAGCCUCUGGGAGCACUCUUCUAUUCUCAAGGUCGUCCACAAUGACAACCUGUCCGCCGUCCAGCAGUCAGAGGUCGUUCUCCUGACCUGCAAGCCCUGGAUGGUCAAGGAGAUCCUUAGCGAAUCCGGCAUCGCCAAGGCCCUGCACGGCAAGCUGCUCAUCAGCGUUUGCACUGGUAUCACCGUUGAGGAUAUUGAGGUUGCCCUUCACGGUGCUGUGCCCUCCAAGGACCCCAACGAGGACGGCCGUUGCCGUAUUGUCCGGGCCAUGUGCAACGCUGCUGCUGUGAUCCGCGAGUCCAUGACCGUUAUCGCUACCAGCAGCCCACCUCUGGACUGUGCCACCGAGGGCCUCGUCACCUGGAUCUUCAAGCGCAUUGGCGAUGUUGUCUACCUCCCUGCCCAGCACAUGGAUGCCUCAACAGCCCUGUGCGCUUCCGGUCCGGCCUUUUUCGCGCUUGUGCUAGAAGCCGCCAUCGACGGCGCCGUCGCCAUGGGAAUUCCCCGCCACGACGCCCAGCGCAUGGCCGUGCAGUCCAUGAGGGGCAUGACCGGCCUGGUCCAGAACGGCGAGCACCCGGCCCUGCUCCGGGAAAAGGUCUGCACCUCGGGAGGCUGCACCAUCGGUGGAGUUUUGGUCAUGGAGGAGGGCAGAGUCCGCGGCACCGUCUCAAGAGCCGUGCGAGAAUCCGCCGUUGUGGCGAGUCAGCUCGGAAAGGGAAUUGAGGGUGUGAAUGGAACAAGAUUCCCCGGCCCUUCAACCCUGCAAUGAAGAAACCACGACCGGGACGAUGGGCCAGAGGUUGUAAAGGAGAAGUCUCAGCCCGAUCCGGUCCCUGAGUCUCAGCCACAGCCAGCUCAAGAAGAUCCCCAUAUCACUGAACCGGUCGAGGAUCUCAAGCCAACACAAACACAAAUCGAAGAAUCAGAGCCAAAGCCGGCCGAAGGGUCGCGGUCAGAGCUUGGCGCUGUCUCUUCCGACACGUCUCUUUUCCUUAUUUUGAUCAGCACUUGGCAGGCCUUGCGACAUGUUUUCCGGAGCAACACUCACUUUUGUUAACGCGGGUUGUUUGUUAGGUUAGGUUGCAUUGGGUAGACGGGGAUAUAGGUGCAAUGGCUAUUACAUACAUAUAUAAAAGGAUAAUACAGUUUUCUGUCCAAACCG